AUGUUCCAAUCAUUGCGACUAACACCUCGUCUGGGUCUGCGCCUGGUGCGCUGGAACUCCACCGGUGGCCCGACUCUGCCGCCUUUGAUAGCCACCCUCAGAACGGAUCUCAAGACCGCCAUGAGAGCUAAAGAUACUGCUAGGCUGAACGUCGUUCGCGCCUUGAUCUCCGAAACCAACAACGCUGCCAAAACGAACUCUCCGAUCGAGACCGACCUUCAACUCCUGUCUUUGAUUCGGAAACGCAUCGCUGCUUCGAAGGAGGCCGUCAAGGAGUUUGAAGCCGAGAAUCGUCCCGACCUGAAGGAGACCGAGGAAAAGCAGGUAACGAUACUUGAAGAAUAUGGUGCCCAAGUGGAGACAAUGAGCCUGGAUGAUAUCAAGGCGAUCGUGUCCGAGGAACUUGCCAAGUUCAAGGAGACUGGCAAGAAGGCUGAAGUUGGAACUUUGCUCAAGUCCUUGUUUGCCCCUGGGGGUGCCCUGGAUGGCAAACCCGCUGAGAGAGCUGAAGUCGCAAAGAUUGCCAAAGAAGCCGUUGCUUCUGCUUAGAAGCCUGACAUGCAGUGAUGUAUAAUAACUACUUGUACGAUAACAUAGAUCCAAAACAGCCACCUUGUUGCUCUCUUCAUGGAGUUUCCAAUCAAGCGCCAGAGGAAGUU